CAAUCAAAAUAUAGCGUAGUCUGGUUGCUGGUCUGCUGGUGCUGCGGUUUCGGUAUGUCCCGAAAUGUUGCUGUCGCGUAGGUCAUUUUGCGCCUUACCAUCAGUGCCCACACACGGAUGUGUCAGCCGCGUUUUCGGACUCUGGCCAUUUUCAAGACGAAGCAGCAGCUAUAAGAACACAAAGGAAUGUUACCAAGUUCUUGGAGUCGGCGAAGAUUCGAGCAUGAAGGAGGUGAAAGAGGCCUUCGUCCAGCUGGCUCGCAAAUACCACCCGGACAGCGGCAGCGACACGGCGAGCGCCGCUAAGUUCGACGAAAUCAAGAGCGCUUACGAGAGAGUUCGCGAUCACCUGUCCCGAGAUGCCGCUCCGGCGUGCGACGAUGUCAACGAAGUCUUGCAAAAAGACUUCGGCAUAAAGCACACGGUCCCGCAGCAUCGGCAGUACCUGAGCUUCGAUGGCGUCGGCCACGGAACGCCGACGCAGCGGUGGCAGCAGCACCAGCAGCACCGGCUACAGCAGGCCGUGGACAGAGUGCACGACCACCGCGUGGGCAAGGACGUCGCGCGGAACGAGCGCACGCUUGUCCUCAAGGACGCCACGCUGGCGCGGCAGUACAAGACCACCCAAGCCAUCGAGCGGCUGGUGGAAGACCUGAUCCAGGAGUCGAUGGCGCGUGGCGAGUUCAACAACCUGCCGGGCUCGGGAAAGCCGCUCAAGUUCGCGCCCGAGAACCCCUACGUGGACAGCACCACGCGCAAGCUCAACGAGGUGCUGAUCACCAACGGCUACGUGCCCGAGUGGGUGAUGCUGGCGCGCGAGAUCGCCGAGGAGAAGCGGCGGCUGCGCAGUACGCUGGCCGAGCGCCGGUCCCAGCUGGGUGCGUCGCCGCUGUCGGCCGACGAGCAGCGCCUCUGGCAGGAGGCCGUGCGCAGCCUGGACUCGGCGGCGGCGGAGAUCAACCGCAAGAUCGACAAGUUCAACAUGGUCGUCCCUCUGCUUAGCAAACAGCAGCUGCACUUCUCGCUGGCGUCGGAGAGUGAGAAGAUUCUAACAACCGCCGUUCCACGGCAAACAUCUGGAGAAACGGCGCAGGCCCCCAAAGUAAAGAGAAGUAGUGACGAUGAAGGUUUCCUUUCUGUUAUUUUUGGUGCAAUAACAAAAUGGUAGCGCGUAUUGUUUUCAACCAAGACAA